AGGUUUUCUUCGUCUUACACAUACGCAAACACCAAACAGAAUGGCAAAGAUGAGUCUCUCUUCCUGCGUACUAAUCCUAACCUUCUCCUUGUUUUCCCAAGGCAUUCUGCUUUCAGCUUCCAGGUCCAUAAAGAACCUGGAGGACGACCUGGUGUUCAACGCAUUCCGGAUGGGGAAGGCCUUCCAGAAGGAAGACACCGCUGAGAGAUCGGUCGUUUCUCCUCCUCUGGAGCAGUAUAAAAGCGAGGACAGUGGUUUCAUGAACGAUGAGGACAACAAAAAUCCAAAGAACGCAGGCUCCAAACCUAGUUUCCUGAACCAUGGUCUGCCACUGAAUCUGGCCCUAAAGCCUUACCUUGCAUUGAAAGGCUCUGUAGCUUUUCCGGCUGAGAAUGGAGUGCAGAAUGUUGAAUCAACACAAGAAAAGAGAGAAAUUGGGGAUGAAGAGAACUCAGCUAAAUUUCCCAUAGGAAGGAGAGAUUUUGACAUGCUCAGGUGCAUGCUGGGCAGAGUCUACCGACCUUGCUGGCAAGUCUGAGACCUGCUGGACCACGCCGUCUUCCCGGAAGAAAAUCAAGGCACUCCACUGCCCAGGGGGAGAAAAGCCCUUCGUGUUACUGUAAUUUCUGUAUUAUCUUAAACAUCUCUUUUAAAACAAGGCUGUGUAAGAUGGAUGGACCCUCAAUCCAAAUGAUACGCUUCUUUUCAUGUGCAUUAAACUUUGUGACAAUUCUGCAUAA